AUGGAUUCAAUGCUUUCAUGUGGUAUUACAGUCGUCAAAUCUGCAGCCAAAAUUUACCAAAAUGAUGUGAUUGCAAAACAUUGGACACUUAAAAAUAUUGGGAGGAAAUGGAAGGACUUCAAGUCUAGGUUGUGGAUAGAGUUCUAUGAUCCUUCGUCAAACCGAGAUGAACUGAUUAGUAAGUGUCCAAUCGGAAUUCAUAGAGACCAGUGGUCAAGUUUUGUCAACUAUCGUUUGUCUGAAAAAUCUAAGGAAAUUGAGCUCGGGCACAGUGUUAAUCGCUCAGAACUAUGGAUUGAUACCCACAAAGUAAAAAGAGGGUCAUCGGUUAAUGAAGAAUGUAGAAUUAUCAGUGAAAAAAUCAGAAAUGAAAUGGAUCAAGGCUCAUCUUCUCAAUCACAAUUUGUUUCACAAGAUGACCCUGUUGGCAAAACCUUUGGAAAAGAACAUAAUGGACGUGUUCGUGGGUUAGGUUUUGGACCAUGCCCAUCUAAGGUAUUUAACAAUACUUCAAGGAUGAAUGGGAUGCCUUGGUCGUCUAAUGAUAAUCAAAUGAAGGAGUAUGUGUCCACUUUGGAGAAAGAGUUAGCUGCAACUAAAGCUCAAUUGCAAGUUCAAAGUGAUAUGCAAAAGGCCAUAGGAGGGGCUCUUGUUGCUUCUUUUGGAAAAGUCUUUUGGCAAGGUUCCUGAACAAUUUGCUACCUUCCUUAACCAAACAUCUCAACCAGUACCCGAUGAAGGAAGCAAGCACCAAUCUUCAGAAGGGAGUGGAAAGCAAAAUUCAUCAUCUAGUCUAAACUGAGUGGAGAUAACG